GUCCAAUUUUUCCCAAGGUGAGGCAAGAAAGGGGUUUCAAAGGUGAGGCAAUGAUGGGGAAUACAGACCACUCUUCAGAAGCGUACUUUUCGCACAACGUGCAUCACUCUUCGCCAACACUCUCGCCAACCAGCUGCUGCGACAACAUGCUCUCCCCUCUACACGCGGACCCCUAGUCUUGAAGACGACCUACACACCUGUGUCAGCUCGUCUCGGGCUAGGGGUAGUUUUGAGGCGCCUCAAAACUAGAAAGGGGUUUCAAAGGUGAGGCAAUGAUGGGGAAUACGGACCCCGAGUAUCAAGCAACGGUAAGGGAGGAGGGUUCAGACACCAAGUUAAAGUGUGAGGCAAGGAAGGGGGGUUCAGACACCAAGUUAAAGUCAACAACCAACCACACAUCCACGCCCAACCACACAGCCACACCCAACCACACAUCCACGCCCAACCACACAGCCACACCCAACCACACAUCCACGCUCAAACACACUGCAACACCCAACCACACAUCCACGCCCAACCACACAGCCACACCCAACCACACAUCCACGCCCAACCACACAGCAACACCCAACCACACAUCCACGCCCAACCACACAGCCACACCCAACCACACAUCCACGCUCAAACACACAGCAACACCCAACCACACAUCCACGCUCAAACACACAGCAACACCCAACCACACAUCCACGCUCAAACACACAGCAACACCCAACCACACAUCCACGCUCAAACACACAGCAACACCCAACCACACAUCCACGCUCAAACACACAGCAACACCCAACCACACAUCCACGCCCAACCACACAGCCACACCCAACCACACAUCCACGCCCAACCACACAGCCACACCCAACCACACAUCCACGCUCAAACACACUGCAACACCCAACCACACAUCCACGCCCAACCACACAGCAACACCCAACCACACAUCCACGCUCAAACACACAGCAACACCCAACCACACAUCCAAGCCCAACCACACAGCCACACCCAACCACACAUCCACGCUCAAACACACAGCAACACCCAACCACACAUCCACGCUCAAACACACAGCAACACCCAACCACACAUCCACGCUCAAACACACAGCAACACCCAACCACACAUCCACGCUCAAACACACAGCAACACCCAACCACACAUCCACGCUCAAACACACAGCAACACCCAACCACACAUCCACGCCCAACCACACAGCCACACCCAACCACACAUCCACGCCCAACCACACAGCCACACCCAACCACACAUCCACGCUCAAACACACUGCAACACCCAACCACACAUCCACGCCCAACCACACAGCCACACCCAACCACACAUCCACGCCCAACCACACAGCAACACCCAACCACACAUCCACGCCCAACCACACAGCCACACCCAACCACACAUCCACGCUCAAACACACAGCAACACCCAACCACACAUCCACGCUCAAACACACAGCAACACCCAACCACACAUCCACGCUCAAACACACAGCAACACCCAACCACACAUCCACGCUCAAACACACAGCAACACCCAACCACACAUCCACGCUCAAACACACAGCAACACCCAACCACACAUCCACGCUCAAACACACAGCAACACCCAACCACACAUCCACGCCCAACCACACAGCCACACCCAACCACACAUCCACGCCCAACCACACAGCCACACCCAACCACACAUCCACGCUCAAACACACUGCAACACCCAACCACACAUCCACGCCCAACCACACAGCAACACCCAACCACACAUCCACGCUCAAACACACAGCAACACCCAACCACACAUCCAAGCCCAACCACACAGCCACACCCAACCACACAUCCACGCUCAAACACACAGCAACACCCAACCACACAUCCACGCUCAAACACACAGCAACACCCAACCACACAUCCACGCUCAAACACACAGCAACACCCAACCACACAUCCACGCUCAAACACACAGCAACACCCAACCACACAUCCACGCUCAAACACACAGCAACAACCAACCACACAUCCACGCCCAACCACACAGCCACACCCAACCACACAUCCACGCCCAACCACACAGCCACACCCAACCACACAUCCACGCUCAAACACACUGCAACACCCAACCACACAUCCACGCCCAACCACACAGCCACACCCAACCACACAUCCACGCCCAACCACACAGCAACACCCAACCACACAUCCACGCCCAACCACACAGCCACACCCAACCACACAUCCACGCUCAAACACACAGCAACACCCAACCACACAUCCACGCUCAAACACACAGCAACACCCAACCACACAUCCACGCUCAAACACACAGCAACACCCAACCACACAUCCACGCUCAAACACACAGCAACACCCAACCACACAUCCACGCUCAAACACACAGCAACACCCAACCACACAUCCACGCCCAACCACACAGCCACACCCAACCACACAUCCACGCCCAACCACACAGCCACACCCAACCACACAUCCACGCUCAAACACACUGCAACACCCAACCACACAUCCACGCCCAACCACACAGCAACACCCAACCACACAUCCACGCUCAAACACACAGCAACACCCAACCACACAUCCAAGCCCAACCACACAGCCACACCCAACCACACAUCCACGCUCAAACACACAGCAACACCCAACCACACAUCCACGCUCAAACACACAGCAACACCCAACCACACAUCCACGCUCAAACACACAGCAACACCCAACCACACAUCCACGCUCAAACACACAGCAACACCCAACCACACAUCCACGCUCAAACACACAGCAACACCCAACCACACAUCCACGCCCAACCACACAGCCACACCCAACCACACAUCCACGCCCAACCACACAGCCACACCCAACCACACAUCCACGCUCAAACACACUGCAACACCCAACCACACAUCCACGCCCAACCACACAGCCACACCCAACCACACAUCCACGCCCAACCACACAGCAACACCCAACCACACAUCCACGCCCAACCACACAGCCACACCCAACCACACAUCCACGCUCAAACACACAGCAACACCCAACCACACAUCCACGCUCAAACACACAGCAACACCCAACCACACAUCCACGCUCAAACACACAGCAACACCCAACCACACAUCCACGCUCAAACACACAGCAACACCCAACCACACAUCCACGCUCAAACACACAGCAACACCCAACCACACAUCCACGCCCAACCACACAGCCACACCACCACCACACGCCCACCCAACCACACAUCCACGCCCAACCACACAGCCACACCCAACCACACAUCCACGCUCAAACACACUGCAACACCCAACCACACAUCCACGCUCAAACACACAGCAACACCCAACCACACAUCCACGCCCAACCACACAGCCACACCCAACCACACAUCCACGCCCAACCACACAGCCACACCCAACCACACAUCCACGCUCAAACACACUGCAACACCCAACCACACAUCCACGCCCAACCACACAGCCACACCCAACCACACAUCCACGCCCAACCACACAGCAACACCCAACCACACAUCCACGCCCAACCACACAGCCACACCCAACCACACAUCCACGCUCAAACACACAGCAACACCCAACCACACAUCCACGCUCAAACACACAGCAACACCCAACCACACAUCCACGCUCAAACACACAGCAACACCCAACCACACAUCCACGCUCAAACACACAGCAACACCCAACCACACAUCCACGCUCAAACACAUAGAAACACCCAACCACACAUCCACGCUCAAACACACAGCAACACCCAACCACACAUCCACGUUCAAACACACAGCAACACCCAACCACACAUCCACGCCCAACCACACAGCCACACCCAACCACACAUCCACGCCCAACCACACAGCCACACCCAACCACACAUCCACGCUCAAACACACUGCAACACCCAACCACACAUCCACGCCCAACCACACAGCCACACCCAACCACACAUCCACGCCCAACCACACAGCAACACCCAACCACACAUCCACGCUCAAACACACAGCAACACCCAACCACACAUCCAAGCCCAACCACACAGCCACACCCAACCACACAU